AUGUCAUCCGAAGAAGAUGAAGUAUUAUUAGCAGUACACAUUAAAACAGCAAUUAUUUUGGUACUUUGUACUGCAGGCAUUACUGGACAUGUCAUUUCAAUAUAUAUACUUUAUUCAAUGAUUAAUCCAAAUAAUUUAUUCAUGAUUAGCAUGUCUUGGCAUUAUAUGCAAAUUUAUCCCAUGUAUUGUCAUGAUUGUAAUGACUGUGCUAUUGGUGCAAAAAUUACGUCAGAUCCAGUUAUUAUCAAUCAGGUUUACAUCACCGAUACGUGA